AUGUCUGACACAGUCACUGAGCCGACGGACGUUUUGGUGAACGGUGUCUUCGGGGUGUACCACAUUCACACCGGCCGUCUUCUGACAGCCCCCUUAAGUCGUGAUUCUGAUUUCCGAACCCGAAAGCACCAUACGGUUCCCAGUUCAAUGGAGGACCUGAAUAUCCCCAUGAAUGACGGUUUCCCAACAGAUUAUGUGCGCAGUGUGUCUUGGUUUCGUGUGGAAAUUCGUCAUUUUACUCAGAGAAAUGCCACUCGGACACUGGAUUUCCAGCAUAAAUGUCGAGAUGUGAUAGGCUUGGGUCGGUGGAAUGCUUUCAAGCUACGACAGUUCCUUCUGCACAUAGAACCCGCUGUUUUACGAGAUAUUUCACAUCCUGACGUUUACAAAUGCUUCUGUAAAGACUUUUAUGGGGGUGUUCAACUUUCUUCACAACACUACGCUGAUUUUUUAAUUGACGUUUCCAAGGUUUGUGUUGCAAAAUUUGCUGCUAUUUUUGGACCGAAUCAUUUAUUCCACAAUAUACACUCGUUCUCCUAUUUGCUUAAUUUUGUCAAGCCCUACGGUUAUUUGGAUUGUUGUUCCUGUUUCCUCUAUGAAUCAGAGCUAGGGCAUUUAAAGUAUUACAUAUAUGGGCCGAAACCACUGGCUGUUCAGCUGUACCGCCGACUGGCCGAAAAGGGACUACUUUGGGGGUGA